AUGAUUUACACCCUUCACCUGUGCUUAUCUUGGUUUUCAGCUACCAGAAAGGUAAAAUACCACGUAUAAUUCCCAAAAAAAACGGACACUAAAGCGAUGGGCUGUCCUACGUUAACGGACCUUGCUGAUACGGUGUACUUCUUCUUAUCAGCAAAAAUAGUCAGUUUCGUCUAAUUGAGGUGGCCGAGUCGUACGGCGAUGGCUUCGCUUCUUAAGUUUCAUCAAAUUUAUUUAUUAAACUUCAGGGUUAGAUUUGAUGAAAAAAAUUUUUAUAGAAAAAAAUUUGACGAUUUUUUUAGUUCCGUGAAUUUUCUCCUUGAAAAGUUUUUUUCUUCCAAGAAGUAUAUCGGGUGUUUUAGAAACACAAUUUCUGAAUUUCUCAGCAUAAAUUCUAUAACUUCGCUGUUCAGGCGACAUCCAAAAAUAGUCGUCGCGCGUGUGUUCGUGAUCAUGUGCUAUAUUCCCAUUUAUCGUUUGUUUCCUCAUUUUAAUAAUUUUUCUUGUUCUUUUUAAAUGAACGUUAAAAAUGAUUUCCGUAGAGGGAAGAACGCUCCCUGGCUACAACGUAAAUAUGUUUAGGACAUUUAUCACUACCAACGGCAGAAAAAUACUUCAGAAGAACUCAUUCGCCUCGACAGCUUCUUCGGCUUGUCCAAACAGGCUCUCACUCUUUGAACUUCUUUACUCUGUCAUUCCGAUUCGGAGCCAACUCUGCUCUAGAUGUGAUCACAACAUUUCGCCGACCAGCUUUAGAAGGAUCCUCGACAGCAACGACGUUUACGCAAACGUUCCGGCCAGACUCCUCUAG